AUGUCUGGCGCGGCUAUACUUGGUGGAAAAAUUGUAGCUGGAACAGGCCUAGCUGCAGCCGCUGCAGCCGCUCCAGAAAUUGUUACAGUGGUGGUUGUCGCCGGAGUAGCUUACGUUGGAGUUCGCGCUGCAGUUGGUUUGGCAGUUGGUUUGGCUAAGUUAGCAGGGAAAGGGAUAGAUUGGUUGGUGGACAAAAUUUCUCAAGAUGAUCGAAGUAGAGGUCGUGAUAGAAAUGCGAAUUCUGGAACUGGACAGUCAACGACUAAUUCCUCGCAAUCUCAGCCUCCAAACCAGCCUCCAAAUCGGCCGCCAAGAGAACGAAGCACAAGUAACGCCAAUAGACUUACAAAAGUCAAGGUGAAAAAGCAAAUAUCGAGUGGUAUUUGCCAAGUUGAGAUUGCCAGAAGACAAAGCAUUGAGGUCACUGCUGCUUUUAUGGCAAUACCAGAUCAACUACAACCUCAGAUGACGCAAAUGGUGACAGCAGAUGCUCAUAGAUCUAUGGCAGUGUUCAAUGAUGAAAAUCGGGGGUUAUUGCACAUAGCAACAAAUCAUGGUCCAGAAUUUCAGAGUCUUGGAUUACGUUUAGAUGGGUCAAAUACCACGGGGGAAGUAAUUCCGGUUGAUGCUGGGGGGCAACGUCAAUUUGGCUGGCAAAUUCGUGAUGUUAAUGGUAACGACCAAAUUCUUAUGAUUGUUUUUAGUGAUAGGAUAGCAUAUGAAUUCGACGGUCGCGGUCCGUUUAGUGGUACUUUUCGUGAAAUCAUAACAGCGUUUCUUAUCGUAGAUCCCGGGAAAUAUGAGUUCCAAAAGUGA